AUGCCUCGUUACAAUGCUACCCCGGAAGGAGGAGCCAACAUCACCGCCUUCCACUCCACUGGAGGCGCCAUCAUCAUUGCCUUCCAUUCCACUAGCGCCACCAUCACUGCCUUUCACUCCACUAGAGGCGCCACCGACACUGCCUUCCACUCCACUGGAGGCGCUACCAACACUGCCUUCCACUCCAGUGGGGUGCCACCGAAACCGCCUUCCACUUCAAUGGAGGCCCUACCAACACUGCCUUCCACUUCGCUGGAGGCGCUACCAACACUGCCUUCCACUCCACUGGAGGCGCUACCAACACUGCCUUCCACUCCACUAGAGGCGCCACCGACACUGCCUUCCACUCCACUGGAGGUGCCACCGACACUGCCUUCCACUCCACUGAAGGCGCUACCAACACUGCCUUCGACUCCACUGGGGGUACCACCGACACCGCCUUCCACUUCAAUGGAGGCCCUACCAACACUGCCUUCCAUUUCACUGGAGGCGCUACCAACACUGCCUUCCACUCCACUGGAGGUGCUACCGACACUGCCUUCCACUCCACUGGAGGCGCCACCGACACUGCCUUCCACUCUUCCGGAUGCGCCACCAACACUGCCUCCCACUCCACUGAAAGCGCCACCAACACUGCCUUCCACUCCACUGGAGGCGCUACCAACACUGCCUUCCACUCCACUGAAGUUACGCCACCGACACUGCCUUCCACUCCACUGGAGACGCCACCGACACUGCCUUCCACUCCACUGGAGGCGCCACCGACACUGCCUUCCACUUCACUUUGGGUGCCAUCGACACCGCCUUCCACUUCACUGGAAGCGCCACCAUCCCAACCGUUCAAUCCACCAAGACCACCACGGUUAUUCAGUGCGUUAG